AUGCUCGCCGAUGGUGCCAAUAAAAUCAAUAGUCCAUGUGUGAAGCAGAUGUUCAUUGGUGGGGGAAACGGUAAGGAGCGUAGAAGCCCCACAGAUUCUGAUCAACUGAAGACUGAGAGGACUAAAUCUCCACCAGUAUCGGCGGGGUUUUCCGUAGUGGGACGGUUGAAUGAUUUAGCACGCGGUCGGACCAAUCAACUCGGAUGGCUGCACACCUUCGUGUGUGUCCGGAACGCAAGAUCAUGCAUGGAAAUGCACUUUCCUACUGCCUGUACAAGUUUGUGCCGGGUGCUGUACAAGCAACGCAAGGCACACAUUGAAAGCUGUCAUCUAAGUAGGCGCAAUCCCCGAGUUUCCGUCAACCGUGAACGCCAUAAACUGGAGAUCCAGCUGAGUCCCAGUGUCAAUCUGCUCUGUGGGUUAGACUCCGGUUUUCUGUGCCCACAGACUACGCAAAAUGAAGAAAUAGAUGACAUGAAAAGCGAACCUCAUCUCAGUUACUUUUGUGGAAGCCACCAAUCAGAGGACCUUAUUGAGGAACAACACACUCCCUCUUCCGAAUCUAUCCGUCCGUGGGAUGAUUCCUCCAACACAUUUGUUUCUUAUUCAGCCUUAAAUUUAUACACUCCUAAUCACUCUACUUCUGAUCCGGUUCAGUCCCCUAAACUUCACAAAAGUUCACGGUAUACAGCGUGUGACUACCUCGGGCAUGAUCCAACACUGACUUCUGUGCGUAUAUUUGUUCAUUGUCUCGUUGCACUAGAGCCUCUUCACGUUCGUAACGGUGGGUUUUCUCUACGGCCGUAUCGUGCAAACACAAUGAAUUUAUUUUAUCUUGGAUAUCAGAGGAAUAGUAACAAUCAGCGUGAGCACAACUAUCUCGUUGUGUGUAUGAUUCAAGUCACCGUACCAAAGCGACUGAAUGGGAAGCAACCUUCCAGUCGGUAUUUGAAAGAGUUACAAAUGAAGUUGCUUCUGUAUUGGCGUUCACCGAUUCUAACGUGUCUGUUGGAUCAGCAACGGCGCCGUGAAGUUGAUUGUAUACACCAUAAAUCAUACGCGGAGCCUGCUCGCGGCGACUCUGCUGUUUGGCGGCGUCCUUGGCCACAACUAUCAGUAGAAGAUGGCUGGAUUUGUAACCGGCUUGCCAGUGUACACACGUUGACGCAGUUGGUCGGUGAACGACAAGAACAAAACCGACCCGGGAAACUUGGGAAGAAGCCUCGAUCCUGUGUAUCAAUCCGUGAAUCCGAGAAUCCGUUUGCCCGGUUCAACCGAAUGAUGCAUUGUAGUGAUGUGAUUGAGUUUGAGGAAUAUGCCAUCAGCAUCAGAACCAGCGACCAGGGAUACUGA